AUGGACGCACUGUGUCAACGGCUGGAAGUGCUCACUGGGCAACUAUCACAGUCUAUCGGCGCCCUCAGCCAACAAUCACCUGCGCCAGCGAACCACAAUCAGCCUUCUGACAGUGUCUCAGCAGCUGAAAUCAUUAAGUCAUUACCAGAACUUGCUGCAUUGUUAUCUCAAGCAACCGCAUAUCCUCGACAGGAAUCCAGAGCGACUGCAAAUCCAAAUUCAUACGCAUGCGUUGCUGAAUUGAAUGUCAAACCAGGCGUAAUAGACGAUGAAUCCGAAACGAGUUCAUCCAACAGCGAGGAUGAUAAUGAUGUUUUUAAUCCAGGAGUCAGUACCUUCAGUUUGACAAAAUCGGCCGCCGAGAAUCUCGGCCAAGCAGGCGCCUUAGUACGAGAUUCCUACGGCCGCCCACGGUAUGUUACACUUGAAACUCUGAUUUCCAAUACAAAAGAUUUAACCAUCCAUGAAUCUAGUUUUGUGGGUGGUGCAGCGAAUAAUCUUAUCGUUGAGGCCGCAAGAAACCUCCUGCCGAAUUUGGCGACAGCCACGCCAUCUUCUACAGGAGCCAGUCACGAAACGCUAAACCUACGAGACCUUGAGAUACCUUCAUUUGUUCGUGGAAAACUCUGGCCUCCUCUUCCGUACAUACCUGCACCCCUAUACUUCGACAAGCUCCACUACAUAUUCCCUAUUCUCAUCAAGCCUCACUUUAUGAAUCGUUAUCAGAAGCUUCUGAGAGCCGGGCCAGAUUCUUCUUCACCUAAGAGAGGAAGGUUUCUUAUGGUUUUCUUCGCCGUGUGUGCGUGUGCGUCAGGGCUAUUACCGUCUAACUUGGAGAGCGGGCUACCCGGUAUCGACUUUUACCAAAAGGCCCUUCUCAUCUUGUCUGCAUCAACUGGAGAGUCCUCCAUUGAGAAAGUCCAGUGUCUUGGACUUUUGUCGAUGUGCUCCGCAGGGUGGAAUACUGUGUCUCAAAGUUGGAAUUUAGCCGGACAAGCCGUGAGGGCGGCAAUCGACAUGGGGCUACACAUUAGUGGUCACUCCGUAAGACUUCCUUUCCGUUUGUUUAUCGAUAGCCUGCUGAUCGAAAAGAACGCUGUCGUAAAUCAGCAGUCACCUCUUCAUGUGAAAUCUAAGGAUUUUUCUCUUCAGGAGCAGUCUCGCAGAGUGUGGUGGUGUGUAUACACGCUGGACAGGUACUGUGUCACAACGACAUCGAUUUGCCUUGGCCGUCCUCUCGCGGUCAAAGAUGAAGACUGCUACUGUGAGCUACCAUUGGACGUACGCGAUGAGGAUGUAAUGUCUGGGAUCAAGAGCGGACACGCUGUCGACGUAGAAGCGACAACGAGCUCCAUGAGCGGCUUCUUAGCGUUUGCUAAACUCUGCCGGCUUGCAGGCAAGAUCCAAGAGUUCAGCUCUCCCCUGAACCUACAGAAGAUCGCCUCUGCAGAUGCAGAAAGAACUCAUAGGUUCUUGGCUCGCGUUGAUGCCCAUGAUCAGGCUCUUCGAAAGUGGCUCGAGAGUUUGCCCGGGGAAAUCCAAUUCUCAGCAAACAGAAAGAACAAGAGCCACGGGGAUAUAUCCAUGGUUCAUUACUGCAGAUACUUCCUGAACUAUCCCAAAGACUCCGCAGAACGAGACGAAGUGGACGUCUCGGGAGCCAUCGAUCAAUGCAUUAAUGCUGCACGGGGCUGUAUCUACGUCGCUGAUAUGGUUCGAGACUUGGUGCCAGCUUCACACCAUCUGGCUAUCUGCAUCCACUAUCUGAUGCUGUCGGGUAUCAUCCUUCUUCGAGUGCCUAUCGAUCGCAGCAAUCCAGCUCUUUUGGAAGAUGCCGAGAAGUGUGCCCGAUCGCUCAAAGACCUAGAGCCUCGGUGGUCUGGGGCCCAAAGAAGCCGAGAAAUCAUUGAGAAAUUGCUAGUUCGACGCCGCAGCGAGAUUGCUGGAGACUCGCUCACCUAUCGUGGUAAUGAAGGCCGACAUUCAACCGAGAACUCCCGCAGGGCCAACAAAAGACCCUUUGCUGAUGUUGAGGUCGCAUCGUCCUCUUUGGUUGACGUUGCUAGCGGAAUCUGGAAUCCCAGCACCACCGACUCCAUGCCAGAGACGACGAAUUACGAUGGCUGUAUGGAUCCUAUGCUUUUUGCUUCGUGCGUGGAGGUUUGGCAGGGAGAGCAUUUCGCUAAGAAGAAGCAGAAAAGGGCGCUGAUUGGUGAUAUUACAAAGCCAUUUCAUCAUUCUUCAUCGUCUUCAAUAUUGUUAUUACAAAUAUCUACUUGCGUUCUUCAGACAUUUGAUCCCACAGAUACUUGCGAACCGUGA